GCACCAGCAAUUGUACGUUGGAUGCCCUUUCUAUGCUUGCCAUUGGUCUUUAAAAUUCAGACAUCGGCCGGUGGCCCACUCCUUUGGUUCUUCCACCUCUCGUUAACUCUCCCACUCUCUCAUUGCUGUCGGAUUCUUUUUCUUUCUUUUUUAUUUUCUUUAUUAUUAUUUUUUUUUCCGGGAAAGAAGAACAAACAGUUUCGAGAAAUUUGGGGGAAUGGCGGGUGACUGUGGAAAAUGGGUGGUGAUGGUGACGGCGCAGACGCCGAUGAACAUGUCGGUGAUAAAGUACUGGGGGAAGAGGGACGAGACACUAAUCCUGCCUGUCAACGAUAGCAUCAGCAUCACGCUUGAUCCGGAUCACCUCUGCACCACAACCACUGUCGCCGUCAGCCCCAACUUUGACCGGGACCGCAUGUGGCUCAACGGCAAGGAAAUUUCCCUUUCUGGAGGCAGGUACCGAAAUUAUCUUAGGGAAAUUCGCAGUCGUGCCACUGAUGUUGAUGACGAUGAAAAUGGCAUCAAAAUUGCAGAGAAGGAUUGGGAAAAGUUGCAUUUACAUAUUGCUUCAUACAACAAUUUCCCUACUGCUGCUGGGUUGGCCUCUUCAGCGGCUGGGUUUGCUUGUCUUGUUUUUGCCCUCGCAAAGCUAAUGAAUUUGAAAGAAGAUCGAAGCAAGCUUUCUACUAUUGCGAGGCAAGGUUCAGGCAGUGCUUGUCGCAGCCUGCAUGGGGGAUUUGUCAAGUGGAUCAUGGGAAAAGAUGAGGAUGGAAAAGACAGUCUUGCAGUUCAACUUGCAGAUGAAAAGCACUGGGAUGAUCUUGUUAUUAUUAUUGCUGUGGUAAGUUCAAGGCAGAAGGAAACAAGUAGCAGCACUGGAAUGCGUGAAACAGUCGAAACUAGUUUGCUUUUAAAACAUAGAGCAAAGGAAGUAGUACCAAAACGCAUUCCACAAAUGGAAGAAGCCAUAAAAAAUCAUGAUUUUGCAUCUUUUGCUCAAUUGACGUGUGCUGAAAGUAACCAGUUUCAUGCUGUUUGCCUGGACACAUCUCCCCCAAUUUUCUACAUGAAUGAUACAUCCCGUAGGAUAAUCAGCGUCGUUGAAAACUGGAAUCGCUAUGAAGGAACGCCUCAGGUGGCAUAUACUUUUGAUGCGGGACCAAAUGCUGUACUGUUUGCCCGUAAUAGAAAGACUGCUAUCCUUUUGCUUCAGAGGCUGCUCUUCUACUUCCCUCCAGAUUCAUUUUUUGGUUUGAACAGUUACAUCGUUGGUGAUAAGUCAAUUCUAAAAGAUGCUGGGAUUGAGGGGAUAAAGGAUGUGGAAGGUUUGCCACCGCCCCCAGAAAUGAAGGAUAGCAUUCCUUCCCAGAAAUACAAGGGGGAUGUUAGUUAUUUCAUCUGCACCAGACCUGGCAGAGGCCCAGUUUUGCUUUCUGAUAAGACUCAGGCUCUUCUCAAUCCCCAAACCGGGCUGCCUAAGUAAGUUUUGAUUGAUUGUUUGUUUUCUUGAGCUUAUCUUAAUUCCUUGUCUCUAUGAGCCUUGGUGGAGUAUUUCAAUCAGACAUCUUCUACAAUGUGCCUGUGCUCAUUGUAAAAUGACUGUCUGAAAGCAUUUGCUAGCUGCUUGUGUUGCUUAUGCCAUGUAAUUGUAAUUUAGUUUUUCUCCUGGAUAAUUUAAUAGGGUUUGUGUUUGGUACUUGAAAAACUAUCAGAAUAUCAUACUUGUGAUCUUUUGAAAAUAUUAUCCAGUUAUGUUGACUGGGCCACUUCCAAUUCUUAAGUUUUAGCAUUGCUUGAACUUGAUCGGUGUUUGUAGUUUGUGAUAUGAAGGGACAAUGCACCCAUGAUGAUCUUGAUGCUACACAUCCAGAAGAUUGGC